AUGACCUAUGAAGAUGUGCACGUGAACUUCACUCAGGAAGAGUGGGCUUUGCUGGAUCCAUUUCAGAAGAGUCUCUACAAAGAUGUGAUGUUGGAAACCUACAGGAACCUCACUGCUAUAGGCAUAAAAGAAGUCAUACUGGAGAGAAAACCUCUAAGUAUACUACAUGUCGUAAAGCCUUUGCAUAUCAGAGUCACCCUCAAAGGAAUGAAAAAAUUCAUACUGGAGAGAAACCCUACAAAUGUAAGUAAUGUGGUGAAGCCUUUGCACGUUACAGUCAUCUCCAAAUAG